AUGUACAGCCCUGCUGAAACGCAAUUUGGUCUCGCCGUGCCCAGUGAACUGUGGACGCUGCCAAUCGCUGAAAAACAGGCCCUCGCCAGCCGCAUUCACACCAGCGGCUAUGACCAUGUAUUUAUGGCUGAUCACGUUUCUUUCCGCAACGGUUCAGGCACUGAUGGCUUUGUCGAAGUGGCAGGCUUGUCGCAAUUGCACGACCAACUUGGUGUGAUGAUCAGCAUUUAUCUCCUGCCCCUGCGCCACCCGUUGCCGGUGGCACGCGCGCUGGCCACCAUGGCUAAGCUGGCCCCAGGUCGAAUGACCUUCGGGGUUGGCGUCGGCGGUGAAGACCGCCAUGAAAUAGAGAUCUGUGGGGUUGACCCGCGCACCCGCGGCAAACGUACCAACGAAUCUCUUGAGAUUAUUCGCCGCCUGUUAGCGGGCGAAGUAGUGGAUUAUCAGGGUGAUCACUUUGAUAUUGAACAGGCGACCAUACGCCCACAACCCAAACAUCCCAUCCCCUUCAUCAUUGGCGGACGUUCAGAUGCCGCCUUACUUCGGACGGCAAAGUAUGGCGAUGGCUGGAUUGGUGUCUGGUGUUCAGAGCGUCGCUACGCCGAAGCUGUGGACCUUAUUCAAAGCGAGGCUGACGCCUGCGGUCGUGGUGACACCCCCUGGCUGCACGGCUAUCAGCCCUGGGUAGGCGUAGAUCACAACCCAAAAGCUGCCCAGCAGGCGGUAAAGACACAGAUGGAAGCCUUUUACAAAGUGCCUUUCGAAAAAUUCGAACGUUACACUCCAGCCGGUACACCGGCAGACGUUGCGACACAACUGGCAGGCUACAGUGCUGCCGGUGUAAGAAUGUUUAAUCUGAAAAUCUGCUGCGAACACCCUUCAGAGGAAGUGCACUACGCGGGCGAAGUCCAGCGUGAACUGAUGAAGCUGAUCGCGGGAAAAACUCACACAGACGACAACAAUGGCACCCAGCCUGACGCCCCCUACUACGACGCGGUGUUAUUUAACGGUACCGUGUACGACGGCAGUGGCGGCACCCCAGUUGUCGCUGACGUGGGCAUCCGUGGCGACAAAAUCGACUUCAUCGGUAAAAUAUCUGCAGAUCAGACUGAUCUGCCUAUCGAUGCCACAAACCUUGCGGUCGCACCAGGUUUCAUCAACAUGCUGAGCUGGGCCACCGAAUCCCUCCUGGUUGACGGCGCCAGUCAGAGCAACAUACGGCAGGGCGUCACCCUCGAAGUUUUUGGUGAAGGCAGCUCCAUGGGCCCACUGACGCCCCGGAUGCGCGCGCUGAUGCUGGAGCGCCAGGGAGAGAUUCAAUUUGAUAUUCCAUGGACCACACUGGGUGAAUACCUGGCUCAUCUUGAACACAAAGGCAUCGCACCUAAUGUGGCGUCUUUUGUGGGGGCAACCACCGUACGGGUACACGAACUGGGUUUUGCAAAUCGCGCACCGAAUCCCGCCGAGCUCAAAGCAAUGCAGGCUCUGGUCGCCCAGGCAAUGCGGGAGGGCGCACUGGGCGUCGGCUCAUCGCUCAUCUACGCGCCUGCAUUUUAUGCACAAACCGACGAACUCAUCGCGCUGAUGCAAACCGCAGCUCAAUUUAACGGACGCUAUAUUUCCCAUCUGCGCAGCGAAGGCAACCGCCUGCUCGAAUCCAUUGAAGAACUGAUCACAAUUGCACAACACAGCGGCGCCGGUGCUGAAAUCUACCAUCUGAAAAUAAGCGGCCGACAGAACUGGCCAAAGUUUGAAGCCGCCGUCGACUUAAUCGAAACGGCGCGCGCCUCAGGCCUGGACAUUACAGCCAAUAUGUACACCUACACAGCGGGCUCAACCGGCCUGGACGCGGCCAUGCCACCCUGGGUGCAGGAAGGUGGAUAUGAAGCUUGGGUCAAUCGCCUCAAACAACCUGACAUACGCGCUGAGGUGGUCAAGCAGAUGACCAGCCCUACUGAUGAGUGGGAAAAUCUAUUGCGCGCUGCCGGCCCGGAAAACACGCUGCUGGUGGGGUUUUCCAAUCCUGAACUGAGACAUUACACCGGCAAAACGCUGGCCAACAUCGCCGCACAACGAAAAAUGUCUGCCGCGCAAACCGCCAUAGAUCUGGUGAUUGAAGACGGCUCGCGUGUGCAGGUGGUGUACUUCCUGAUGUCCCCGGAAAACGUUGCCAGAACCCUGCAACUGCCCUGGGUCAGCUUUGGUUCGGAUGCUGCCUCGAUGGCAGCAGAAGGCGUUUUCCUCGCCCGCAGCACACAUCCGCGCGCUUAUGGAAACUUCGCCCGGGUGUUAGGGAAAUAUGUGCGCGAGGAAAAGCUGGUGUCUUUAUCUGAAGCCAUCCGCAAGUUGACCAGACUACCCGCAGAGAACCUCCGCCUGGUUAAACGCGGUCAGCUCAAGCCAGGCUAUUUUGCCGAUAUCGCCGUAUUCAACCCGGAACUGGUGCGCGAUCUGGCAACCUAUGACACGCCACACCAGUACAGCGAAGGCAUGGUGCAUGUUUUUGUUAACGGCACCCGGGCAUUGGCCGAUGGUGAGCCAACCGGCCGCUUACCCGGCCGCGUCGUGCGGGGUCCUGGCUGGACCGGCUGGUCCGAGCCCGAAGUACUGCAUUGA